UUUGUUCCACAUCCUAUCUCGCUCCAUUUAUUUUUGUUUUGUUUCGUUGGAAGGCCGACGACGCCAUUGAUAUGGUGGGAAGGUGAUCAGAUACUAAGUGGAAGAGAUAAUCUCGCCGAAGGUACGUGGUUGACUUGUUCUAGAGGUGGGAGAAUUGCUUUUGUUACAAAUGUCAGGAAAAUUCAGAAGCUACCAAAUGCUAUGAGCAGAGGUGCUCUCCCAGUUACACUCCUUGAGAGCAAGAAGGAUCCAAAGGUUUUUGCAGAGGAACUGAUGAAAGAAACAGAUAAUUAUAAUGAGUUUAACCUAAUCAUAGAUGAUAUUUCUUCCAGAGUAAUGGUUUACAUAACUAACCGAUCUAAAGAACCUAGUUACCCGACAAUGGAGGUUGUUCAACCAGGUAUUCAUGUAUUGUCAAAUGCAAGUCUCGACUCAUCAUGGCCUAAGGUACGAUAA